AUGUUCAAAAUAGACGCCCUAAAAUCAUUCGUUCGGGCAAAUGCCCACUUUGCUAUACAAGCAACAUUUACGAAGCGUUAUAUGCGCUGUUCCUCCGUUAAACAGCAAUUGCACGACUUUAAAGUUCAAGGAAAGGGCGAAAUUUCCAGUCUAAAAGCCCAGCUCUCCUACGAAGCAGCCGUAGCUCUUCCCACCCCCGAAGUUAUUGACGAGGCUGUAUCGCUGAUGCCACCUCGGCCCAAAAGGAUCGUUAUGGGAAUUACUGGAGCCACAGGUGCCAUCUACGCCAUUCGCAUGCUCGAAAUGAUGCGUCGACUUAAUAUUGAGACACAUCUUGUCAUCAGCAAAUGGGCUAUGGCCACUCUCAAAUAUGAGACUGACCUCUCCGAGUCCCACAUCCGAAGCCUGGCGACCGCAAGCUACACAGCAAAAGACCUCUCUGCACCAAUAGCAUCUGGGUCAUUUCAACACGACGGAAUGGUCAUUGUGCCCUGUAGUAUGAAGACCCUAGCGGCUAUUCGGAUCGGCUUCUGCGAUGAUCUAAUCUCGCGUGCCGGUGAUGUGAGUCUCAAGGAGGGGCGCAAGCUACUGCUGGUCGUGCGAGAGACGCCUCUCAGUGACAUUCACCUGGACAACAUGCUCACUUUGAGACGAGCUGGAGCAACCAUUUUUCCUCCAGUACCGGCUUUCUACACUCAACCCAAGGACCUAGACGACCUGGUCAACCAAAGUGUGGGCAGAAUGUUCGAUGCUUUAGGUAUUUUCGUCGAUAGUUUCCACAGAUGGAAUGGAUUCGAGAGACAGAAGAAAGCUUGA